CAUAUGCGCACGACUUACAUUCGCGUACCCAGAGAGAAAGAGAGAGACAUACACACGCACACACACACAUACGUCCGCGCGCGCAUUAUACUACACGUCCAUAUGAAACGAGACACGGGUGUUCUUCUGUGGGAUUUCGCCAUGCCGGCACGAUGAAUCUUUGUUGAAUUCGCUCGUUAAAAACGUCGUUCACUCAUCGUUUCACCGAUCAAAUAUUCGAUUUUGGCUGCAUAAAUUGGAGCUGGAUUCCUUUAUCUCCUAAGGUCAUCAUAAAUAAAAACCAUAAAUUCUCGUUGCAUCUUCGAAAAAUAAAUGAAAAGUAAAAACGUUAAAGGAGUAAAAAAAACGCAACGAUCAGAAUUGGCAAAUUAGAUGACAAAACCUGCAUUGAAGCUGAAACAAAUAUUAAGUACUUGAAAAUUUGAAAAACUUCCACCAAUACAAGUUGAACGCAGAAGAGAAAAAAUGGGUAUCCAAGAUUUGCAAGCCUUUCUCGACAGCAAUUGCGUUCAAGGCGGUGCCGUUCCGGUAGAUCUCUUCAAAAUUGCUCGCCAUGUGAUAAUGAAACAACGCAGCCGUAUAGGCAAAGGACAACAGCAACAACAAAACUCAGCCAUUCUUCGACUCGUCCUUGAUGGAGAAUGUUGCUUAGACAGAUUGUAUGGCGGAUAUUUUUCAGAUUGGGCUUGUGGUGGCCAGUGGAAUCGAAUGGUUCAAUUCUUAGCUGUUCUCAUACAAGCGACUGAACUUUCUGGGGUUGAAUUAGCUGUUUUUUUCAACGGUUGUCACGAAGCAGUGCGACGCGCGGAUUGGAUACAAAAUCAGUUGAAAAUGCGGAUAAAAGUUAACAACGUUUUGAAACAUAUUACUACGAAAGGAACUCCGCCACCAAAGAUUUGGUGGACACCUCCUGUGUGCUUGCGUACGAGCUUGAGAAUGGCUUUCAGACACCUGAAAGUUGCUGUUUUAUGCAGCAUGGACGAUCAUCAUCAGGAAGUUAUUGCAUAUUGUCGUGAGAAUAAUUUCAAUGGAUUGAUUGCCGAUGACGCCGAAUAUGCAGUCUUCGAUCCACCCCGAUAUUUCUCAUCAGAGCAGCUGAAACUCACUUACAAGGGUUCACUCGACACCAAGGAAUACAUGGUCUCUGAAUUGAUAAAAGCCAUUGGGAUACCAGCCGAUCGAUUAUGUAUUUUUGCCGCACUUCUUGGCAAUUACAUAUUAACGGAGCACGAUUUAAUAGAUUUUUAUAAAAAAUUGAACAUCAAUGUCGGUCCUAAUAAAACAAACGUUGAACAAUACAUUCGGGCCAUUGGAAAUUUCGUCAAAGAUUUGCCGUCUAACGAAUUAGACAUUGUGGGACAACAAAUAUUCGGUAAUCUGACUAAUCCGAAAUACUUCAAACUUCGACAAUCCGUCCAGUAUUACAUCAAUGGGACGAAGGAAGGAUUUUUGCAUUACAAGCCUUUAAAACCAGCUAAACAAAUCAACAAAUCUGAUUCUAAACAAACUGCACCUGUACCAGCGACCGAUCCUCCAGAAACAUCCGCUACAAUUCCAGAACAAGAUGCAACAAUGGAAACUUCGAGAUUCGCUUCCGAAACUCUGGAAAGCGAACAAGAGAGUCUCAAUGCCUACAAACAAGCGACUGCCAAUGCCAAAGUAGCCCCGCAAAUUGUAAUUGAACCUCCCGGUCUCUCAGGACAUGGUGAUGCCGAUAAUUCAAAAUCUGAAGAAGAACACACAAAUGGCCACGCAGUGAACGGGGUUCACAAUUUAUUGAUAAGUUCGUCGAGCUCGAGUAGCAGCUCGACCGUUGCUUCGCCCGCUCAUAUCAGUCCGGAAUCUGUAAAACCUGCAGAAAAAAUAACGAGCAUACCUAGCACUGUAGCCGAAGUAAUGCGAACGGCUUCGGAACGUCAUCAAAAAGGAUUAAUGUCCCCUCAUAUAUAUCAAAUAUUAACUGCGGGGGAGAUAAAACUACCGGUUUUGCUCGAAGACGAGAACCAUCGUGAAUUUCCAUCCAUUCAUCUUAUUUAUCGUCCCGUCAGACAAAUGGUUUACGCUAUACUGUUCAAUCUUCAUCAUAGAAUUUACCUUGCUACGAAGAGCAAGGAAAAAGGUGAGAGCGAAAAAGUGGAGGUCCCUGACGUCAUAAUUAAAGAAUGGAUAUGGUCCAAAGCAAAUCCAUACCAAACUCCGGCAUUGGUUAAAGCCGAACAGAUCGGUUGGGGCGUGCCGACAAUUCAACGUCUCUGGUUUGGCACUGUGAUCGAUGACAAACGACGUCGUCUACGAGGCUUCCUCACGUGCAUGCGAUCUGAUACUCCACUCAUGCUCAAUAUAUCAUACGUUCCCCAACACUUACUCGUUAUGGCCUGUGUUCUGAGAUAUAUUAUGACUUUCUCGGACAAAAUAAAGAUUCUACGUCGUCAGGAACUCGACGCUUUUAUCGCACAGGCAUUCUCGGCCGAUUUGAUGAACACUCAGUAUCUGCAGGAUCUACAGCUUUCUUUAGUGACACCUCGUGGUGUACAACUGGCAACGCUUUUCAUGGCUGGUGUAGAAACAGCUUUGCUAGCGAACGAUGCGUGUGGAGCACCCAUACCUUGGCUCAUGUGCUGUCCUUGGCUCUAUUUCGAUGGAAAAUUAUUCCACCAUACCCUCGCUCGUGCAACAAUAGCGAAAAAUCUUCUUGAACUCUGUGGUGGACACAUUGAGAGUGUAGUGAAAGUUGAGAGAAUGCGAAAAGCUAUUCUCGAAGGAGUCAACGUUGUUUUCGCUCGUCCACCUUUGCCUGUACCACCAGCAGGUAUACGUAUGGCAGCGGUACCACAAACCGUAUUACCAGCUGGUUGCAACGUGAACGAUAGUCUCGUACGUGGUCGUGGAAAUGCAAAUAUACCUCAGCGUGGCUUAAUCCGAAGACCGAUGCCUUCGCGUGGUGGCCAACUCGAAAUUGCUGGAGUGGUUGUUGGUCAGUGGGGCGCUAAUUACGGACAACCAGGUCGUUUGCCGCAACCGGUGCAAGGUCAUUCUCGUGGUCGACUGCCACCACAGAUAACAUCUAUUGGUGGAUUAAAAUGGAGCUUCCCCCGCUUUAUUCCUUCGGGUGCUCGAGCUUUUCCAGCCCGAGUAAACAAUCGCACUCCUACUGCUGGACGAGGGAAAAAAACACAAAUGAAGGCUACUGCCAAGAAGAAAACUACCGUUAAGAAAAACAAAGAAAACGAAAAGAAGGAAGACAAAAGUCAGGACAACGCCGCCGAAGAAAGCGGCGACGAAUCGCCUGAACCAGUAACAAGUAUCAACGCGAAAGAGAUCAUAUCGGUUAGUGGUCAAUUCGAUGACGCAGUUGAAAAUGUUAAAACGGUGGAAAAGGGUCAGGGCGAUGCGCCCCUCGUCACAUCGUAAGUGACUACAAAUUAUUACGAAAAAAUAUACACACAUGCACACACCGAAAUUUGGACUAAAAAAAACAAAGAAAUGACACUACAAAUACCCGGAUAUGACUCAAGACUGCAGCCAAUUUCGUUACAUACUCAUUGAAUCGUGAAGCAUCUGGAAAAAAAACGAGAAAAAUUAAAAUUUCCUCAAGGAUUCCAUAAAAUCGAGAAGACUUAAGUUGCUUCGCGACUCGAUGUGCAUGUGAAAUUCUGGUGGGGCCAAAAAAAACGAACUACCGUAUCAAACUCUACAAAACAAAAACCAAUGACUAACAGCGCCUCUUGAUGUGAUUUAUUGAGAAGCAAUGUUAAAGAGAAAAAAAAAUUGAAAUGCCGAGCAUCCCGAUUUUUUCGCGAGUUCGAAACUGUACUAUGUCCUCACUGCCAAAUGUGUACCAUGCUCCACGAGUUGGAAGAGAUGAAAUGAAAGAAAAGCAGAAAACUUCGAAGACAGAAGGAAAGUGAGAGGAGGAGGAGGGGGCGGGGGCGAAAAGAGAAGACAAAAGAAGUGAUCGUUUUAAUGCUAAAAAAGCAUUGUAAAUUACUUUGCUCGUGUGACACCGGUAAAAAAGGAAAUAAUAACAAUGGACUAGACUGAUUAGUGUUACGAGAGCGAAACAAAAUGAUGAAGGAAAAACGCUAAUUUUACUAACCGUGAACAAGUCGUCAACUGCUAUAAGUAUUUAAUUGUUAAGGAGCGUGUUUAUUUUUUUUACAAUGAUGAAAAAUGUAUAUUUUCCGGUAUUAUAUGAAAAUGCUUCGCUUUGUAUCGUCCUGAUUUCACAUGCCCGCACUUACGUAUUUGCUGAGCAUCUUCGUUACAAAAACAAGAUAAAAUAAACGAAAAAAUCAUCAUUCGAAACGCCUUUUUUUCGUUUUUUUUUUUAUAUAUAUCGAAAUGUUUUUACCAAUUUUUUUUCAUCUUCUCCUGUUAUUCUAUAGAUAGAUAUUUAUCUGUGGCGUGUGAAAUCCGGACAUCGCAUAGCGUAUAGAGACUGAUGCUUUUCAUAUAGGUAAAAUAUAUAUUUAUACAUAACGAUCGUUGAAUUUCCAAACAGAGUUGAACACGUAUCUGACAAAUAAUUAUUGCGCUCGUUUGGAGAUACGACGGUGUAUUAUUUAGGAAUAGGAUGUGUUUUCCCACUAGCGAAUUAUUCAUAAGUUGUUGAUUGAGCGAUUGAGGAUUGUACGUUUAGUGAAACUGUUGCUUAUGCGGUGAUGCUUGCGUGAAAAGAUGAGAAGAAAAUAAGGCGAAUGGGCGAGAGGAAAGAAGAAAGAGUGCGCAAGGUGGAGAAAGAAAAUGAAGUUUUCGAUAAACUAUUAUUUAUGAUAUUCAUAUUAUGUAUGUACGACUGUUAUUAUAAUGGAUGGAAGAAAGAAAGAGACAGAGCGUAUUCGUAUGCAUGUGAGUAGGAAUAUGAGAGAAUGUGAAUUUUAUGUUUGUUCGUUGGAAGUGUGUGUAUGUGUAUCAUAAGUAUAAUUCGCGUGUGCAGCAGAUAAAUGAAUAUUAUUAUAAAUAUAGCUAUGUGUAAAUAUAUAAUAUUCAUUAAUAUUAUAUAAUAUCGGUAAAUAUUAUGUAAUAUUACUGUUAAAAAAAAUAUUAAUAUAUACACAUAGAUUUAUAUUUAUGUACGGUCCCAUAGAGAUUUGUGGUGAAAGCAUCGAACGUGCAUUGAAGAUUUAGCAAGUUCGAAAGAUUGAGCCUUAUACGAUAAUAAUACCCGUGAGCGAAAUUGAAUCUGAUAUUUGGACGAUUGAAUCGCCACAUGUGAAAUUCAAGAUAUGAAAGGGAAUAAAACCAAUUGUAAUAUUUGCGAAUCGAUUAUGAUCGAAUUGGAAAUUUUCACAAUUAGCCAUUUGAUUCAGCUACAUCUUUGAAUCAAAAGAAAAACAAUGAGCGCAUAUUUUCUCAUGUGAUUAUCGAGACCGUAAUAAAAGGGAGAAUAGAGUAAAAAUGUGUUUGACACGUUUACAGCGGAUAGAGGUUAAUGAGCGCGAUUAAUUGUAAUUAAAUAAAUAUCGAAAACAAGCGAGCGUUUUCCGACACGAACAAGAGUAAGAGCGCGAACGAAAGAUAUGAGAGAAUGAUAACCGCCGUUACACGAGAUAAUAUAAUUGGAGAGAUGAAGAAUUUAAAGUGUUAUAUUUUUGUAGAUUUGUUAUUGCGUAAAAUAUGCAUUGAGACAAUGAAGAAAAAUUUAUAGUGAAUCACGGAGGGAUGCGAAAACAAGGAUUCAACAUCGGUUUGGUGAUAUCGAGCGAUAUUGCGUUUUCCUUUACUUCUUCAUUUUUUCCGUAAAUGCAGCAAGAGAAGAUAAACAAAAUGAAGAUACUAUUGAGCCCGCUUUGAAGGAUUAACAAAAAUUAAAUUCUUUCUCGAGCGUUACGCGAAUAUUAUGAGAGAAUUCAAGAUAAAAUGAAAAACCCAACUAGAAACAAGGUCUGGAUCAAAAUCCACUCUUUCUAAAACAUUGACAGCGAUUUGGGUACAGUUUUUAAACUUGCCUGCUUAUAAUGAAGGGACAAACGUUCGAAAAAUUUGUUGACAAUGUGUAGCAUUAUAAAAACUCCGCAUUGAAACGAAACAAAUGUCACAUUUCUACAUGUUACAUGUAUGUGUAGGUGGAUGUGAAGUGACAGAUAAUUUUAAAACAGUACGCUAAAUAUGCACUACAUCGCGCGACGUGCGUUUCUUUUUUGUUCUAUUAAAAAAAAUCCCGAACGAAUGUACAUUCGUGAGAAAGAAAGACCGAAAGGAAGAGACAAAAAGAAUAAUCGUUUCGAGAUAUCCAUAAGGACCAAAAAGAAAUCGGUGAAUCAGAGUUUGUACAAAACAAAAAAGCAAAACCUCAAAACAGAAUCUAUCGAAUUUGCGAGUCAAAGCCACACUUUUACGCUUUAGAAAUGGCUAAUAUAUACAAAACGAAAAUAAAAUAAAAUGAGAGAUGAACAAAAAAACGAUUUCCUUCCCACAGAAAUCGUUCGUCUUGACAUCACGUAUACUUCUCGAACGGAAAAAUAAUAAAAAAGAAUAUGAAACAUUACGAUGAUUUCAAGCUACUGAGAAAAAUAAAUAAAGGAUAAAUCAUGAUGUACUAUCAGUUGCCGCUGCGCUGAUCAACGUGAAGCUUGCGAUAUGAAAAAACUUAAAACACGAAUCACUUCAUUCAAGUAUUCGAUACUUCAUUAAAGUACGAGAACAAAAAGGAAGAUUAAUUCAAAAUAAAUGGAGGAAAACUAAACGAAGACCGAGAGAGUUCACAUUAAUCCACAUUACGUAAACCGAAAAUGUAAAGACAGCAAAAUAUAUUAUACAUGUAUAUGUAACUCGAUCGAUAAGGAUGGAGUUAUUGACAUAAAAAAAAGAUGACAGAAAAGUUGAAACAAAGAAAUGAACUCAUGACGUAAUGAAAAGAAAAAACACAGGCGCGUUAAGGGUGCCUGAUUUUUUUCGUUGUACCCGCGGUAGUACAGGGGCCCACUGAAUUUGUCUACGACUUGUUAUUUUAUAAUGAGAAAAAAAAAGCAACACGAUUACAAGAGGAAUAAAAAUUAAAUCAUUAUAAACUAUUGUAUCUUGUACUUCUGACUGUCUGUGAAAAAAAAAAUCGAAAAAAAAACCAAACCCUGAUUCUUAUCCAUUGAAUUUCGUAAGUGGAACCAAUAAGGAACUGGAUUUUUUUUCAAACGCACACAGACGAGCGAUAUAUAAAUGUAUUUACAUGUCGAAAAGCUCCACUUAUAGCCUUUGUCCGAUGGAGCAAUUAGUUUGCAAAAUUGAUUUAUAUUUUUUUUGUUUUCACCGAGAUAAUUAAUAUAAUUUUUGUCUCGUAUGAUUAUAUUGCUGUAGUAUCUAUUUUGUGAAGAAUACCGGAAGCAUCGUUUUUGGUUUUUUUUCUAAUCGGCUGGCAUACCGACAAUUGACUACGUUUACACGGCGCUUUUAUUCCGAUUUUGUAGUAUAUACCGACGGGCAUAUUUAUAUAUAUAUCAAUAGAUAUGUACUUUGUAUAUCUAUAUUCAUAUAACUAAACUGGAAUAAGAGCACCGUGUAAACGUAGUCAUUCUCUCAAAUAAAAAAACACUCGAAUUUCCACUCUAUUCUUUGUUUGCAUCGUUUUCUCUGAAAAUAUAUAAUCACUGAAAGUGUAGAAAACCAAAAACCAUUAUAAAAUUAUUAUUAUCUUCGUUUAAUCGAUGAACGAGCUGAUAGUAUGAUUUCACUUUUUUUAUAUCAAUGAGAUAUACGAUUGAAUUAUAUUCGCAAGCUCGUAGAGAACGUUUUGUCACGUAAAUGAGCAACAGCUCAACUCAUUUGAAUAUAUUUUAACCGAAUAAACAAUAUCGAGGAUUGAGAUCCUCAGAUUCUCUAUAAUUUUGCUUUUUUUUUUUAUUUUAGUUCUCGCUUUACAAUUUAAAAAACAAAAUAUAAAGUGUACCAAACGAGAAAUUUUCUUUUUUUUUUACUUAUAGAAUCACGAAAUAUACUAAUGUAGUAAUGUGCUGGAAAAAAAGGAAAAUGUAACAUUUAACGAAAAUAAGAAAAAAAUCACACACACAAACACUAUUGAUGUAGUUGAAAAAAGCACAUGUGGGCCCCAUAUUUAUAAUGUUCUUAUUGAAUAUCACAUAAAAAAUAUAUUCCGCUAUUAAUUUCUCAUAGCUAAAGAAAAAAAGCGAGUGUCGAUCGAUAACGCGCGCGUAUAUCUAAAAAAAACUUUCUUUUGUUCAUUGUAAGCUUGCUUAACCGGUUGAUUUUUUUCAUUUGUGUUUAUAUACAUUUCGUAAAAUUAUGAACGUAAUUUAACAAAAUUUAGAUGAAACAAAAAAAACAUAUAAUGUGAUGCGCUGUCAAUAUACAAAUUAUUCGCAAUCGAAGCCCCAAUCGAAAAGAUGUAAUAAAAAAAUAGAAGAAGAGAAAUGGAGCGAUCUCCUUCGAAACUCACAUUCAUCGAUUUAUCGAAAUCCUGUAAAUUUACCUGUGUAAUCCGUAAUAAGCUAUUCUGCGUAUAUUUGUGUCUAUAGUGUCAAGCGGAGCUGAUUCUGUGCUUUUCGCAGCUUUUUUUCAACAUAUGCCUGGAAUAUUUGAAAGAUACGUACUAAAAAUCCAAUCGAAUCAAUGGAAAAACAAGACAUGAAACAAGCUUAUUAUCUAUGGCGCAAAUUAAAUCUUCGAAUGGACGAACUUUCGACGCGAUUGUCCUGAAGCAUACGAGAAAAAUAAGAAUCAGUGCUGGUUAUACACACACCCAUACAUAUGGCGAAUCAUUGACACUUAUUGAAAAGUUAAAACAAACAGAAUAAAAAUUUCAAUCCAGACCCCUUUAACGGAAAAAUCCACAUGUUUGGAACGUAGAAAAUAAUUAAUCAUAUUCAAUAUCAAAUAACGACGAUGUAAACGUGAUGGUUAUUAAAAAUAUUCGACAAAAACUGA